UGUCGUCCUUCUCUCUCACUCUCUCUCUCUCUCUCUACUGUGGAAUUCUGAGAGGUUUUCUUCCGCAGCUCGACGUAGCGCGACGUCGCUCGCAUUUUGAUCCUUCUGCGCCAAAUCAAAAUCUGUUCGCCUUCUCUCUCUCUCUCCGUCUCUCGGAGAUCACGUCCGCGAGACGAUGUAGCGCGAGCGAGACCCACCAAUCAUCUCUUCGCAUUUCCUCCUAUAUAAACACGCAUUGCUCCCUCUCGCUCCCUACAUUUUUUGCAGCGGUAUCAGACGAGGCACCGCUCGCAGGCAGUCUUCACCGCCCGUAAACCACGCCUUAUCUCGUCUGCAUCGUCAGUGCGGCUCCUUCGUUCUAGGGUUUUGCUUCUUCCUUUGCGUCCCGUCCGUUCCUGCGGAAUCUUACGCUGCAAGCGAAAAGCUAGGAAGAGCUCACGAAGAUGGCGUGGACCGAGCCAUUAGCCGAGUCGGCUCCCCGGCCCGGUCGCCCUAGCCGACCCUUCUACUACCCUCCGCACGUCAGGCGAGACGACGGCUAUCUCGGCCCCGGCGCCGAGCCGGCUCAGUCUCACCCCCGAUUUGGCACCUUCGACGCCAGGCCUGCCCGCGGCCGCGGCCGUGGAAGGAGCCGUGGCCGCGGCGGCGGCGGCGGCGGAGGUCGCUUCACUGGCCGCCGAGUCGAGGUCCCCCGAGACGCGAGCCCCCAGCAGGAUUUCAACGAGUUCGACCUAGCUACCAAGCUCGGGGACCUCGACGUGGUGGUCGAGGGAAGCGACGAUGCUGGCGGGGAGGCCAUCAACUUCGCCGCGUAUGAGAAUGUGCCGGUGGAAGCCAGCGGCUCCGACGUCCCGCCGCCGGCGAGCACGUUCGAGGAGAUCGAUUUGGGGGAUGCUCUGAGCCUGAACGUCAGGCGUUGCAACUACGCGAAGCCGACGCCGAUACAGCGUCACGCGAUUCCGAUAGCCGUCGCUGGGCGCGACCUCAUGGCGUGCGCUCAGACCGGGUCCGGCAAGACGGCCGCCUUUUGCUUGCCGAUGGUCUUUGGGGUCCUGCACGACGGCGUGAAGAGAGAGAAGCACCUGUCGUCGAGGAGAAGCGUGUGUCCCUCAGGCCUUGUUCUGUCUCCGACAAGGGAGUUGGCUUGUCAGAUAUAUGAGGAGGCGAAGAAGUUUGCGUAUCAAACUGUUGUGAAGGUUGCUGUUGCGUAUGGUGGUGCACCAUUUGGCCAGCAGGUUCGCACCCUGGAAAAAGGUGUUGACAUUUUAGUUGCCACGCCUGGUCGUUUAGUGGAUAUGAUCGAAAGAGAGAAAGUCUCUCUUAGAAGGAUUAAAUAUUUUACUUUGGAUGAAGCUGAUCGUAUGUUAGAUAUGGGCUUUGAGCCCCAAAUUCGGAAGAUUGUGGAAUGGAUGGACAUGCCACCACCUGGAGCGAGGCAGACAAUGCUAUUCAGUGCUACUUUUCCAGAUGAUAUACAGAGGCUGGCGUCUGAUUUUCUCUCUGAUUAUAUAUUUCUUGCUGUUGGAAGGGUAGGCUCCAGCACGGAUCUGAUUACUCAAAAGGUUGAAUUUGUUGAUGAUAAGGAUAAGAGAAGCAAUCUUGUGGAUAUUCUUCGUUCACAGGCGAAAAAUGGAUGUCUUGGCAGCAAGCAAGCUUUAACUCUAGUGUUUGUUGAGACGAAAAGAGGAGCGGAUGACCUCGAGAACUGGCUGUUGAGAAGUGGCUUUAGUGCUAUAGCUAUACAUGGAGAUAAAGUUCAAAUGGAAAGAGAGCGAGCUCUCAGAUCGUUCAGAAGCGGAGCCAUUCCUAUUAUGGUAGCAACGGAUGUUGCCUCACGAGGUCUUGAUAUCCCGCAUGUUGCUCAUGUUAUAAACUAUGACUUGCCCAAAAGUAUAGAUGACUAUGUGCACAGGAUUGGCCGAACAGGCCGAGCUGGUAAAUCUGGGUUCGCAACUGCAUUCUUCAAUGGAAAGAAUUUGUCACUUGCGACAGCACUCGUGCAACUUAUGCAAGAGGCAAAUCAGCAAGUCCCUUCUUGGCUCAGUGAGUGUGCCAAAGAGUCGUGUAACGGUAGCCCUGGCCUCGCUUGGAACCGUAGGGCGAGCAGGUUUGGCGGCAAUGACUUCCGACGAAGAGGUGCAAAAUCUAGCUAUAGGAGCUCCUCUUCUUCUUCUAGCAGUUACAGAGAUGCGCAUGCUUAUGGUUCUAGUGAAGAUUGUUAUGCUCGCCCUCCCAGUGCCGAUGUUUACGGCUAUGCUGCUGCUGAUUCGCACCUUUCUGCAAGUCACGGCUAUUAUGAUGCUGCUAAUAACAGUUCUCAUGCUGAUGGGCCGGACCGAUACGGCACGAGUCAUGGCUCAAUUGGGGCCAGCGGUUGGGAGUAGACCCGCCUCGCCUUGGUCCCUCUUUUGCAUCUUGUUUUGACACGGCACAUUCUUCACAUGAUGGGGUAUAUAUUUUAGCUUUGGCACCAUGAUAGGCGGGGACCUAUUCAAGAAUACAUACAAGGUUGGGAACUGGGAAAAACACAUUUGGCUGUUCAGACUUGACAGCUUUUUCACUGCAUUGGAGUUCGUCUGGGGUUACGGAAGUUGCUUCCAACUUGUGUUCAGUACACUUUCAACUGACCUUUCUUCUGCCUCUUGCGAAAAGGCACAUUUUGUUGUUCCGUGUUUAGACGUUUGGAUGGAUGGCCCCCAUCUUGCGCUGCUAUAUUUAUCUUGAAGAUGACCAAAUCUCGAUCCUAA